GAAUAUUCUACACUUAUAUAGUAUAGUUAAUAUGUAUGAAAUAAAUGUUGGACAUUUGAGUAUACAACAUAGUCAUAUUACAAAUAACAUUAUACUGUAUAAUACCGGUUUUCACAUGGUGGGGACAUAGGAUUCAUCUGCUGACAUUUGUUUAAGCACCAGUAUGCUUUCGUCCUGUUUACAGAAUAGCACGCGGAAGUUCAGGCGUCAAUAGAAAUCUUGAGAAAAAAUUAUAUUUCCAUAAUGAUUGUUUUUAAACUCUUUCUUUUCCUGAGUAUUAUCUGUUUAACUCUAGAAUUGCCUACACUAGUUGAAAAUGUUGAGACAAGUAAUGAUGAAGAUAAUAAAGAUAUUGAAAGUAAUACCCUUCGACUAGUAACAGUGGUAAUGAGGCAUGGAGACAGAGCACCACAAGACACUUAUCCAAAUGAUCCUUAUAUCAAUGAUUCCAUGGAGCCUUAUGGUUGGGGUCAAUUAACAAAUGAAGGAAGAAGAAAUCAAUACAAUCAAGGUGUUUUCUUAAGGAAACAGUACAAUAAUUUUUUGGGUCUAGUUUAUAGCCCUAAUAUAUUUUACUUGCAAUCCACUGCUGUUGACCGUACAAAAAUGUCUGCCAUGUUGGAAGCAGCAGCUUUGUGGAAACCAACUGAGAAACAGUCUUUUAAACAUGAUUUAGCUUGGCAACCUGUUACCUUAUUUUACCAACCACGUUCGGAAGAUACGUUAAUGUUAAUAUGGGAUACAUGUCCAAAAUAUACUAAAUUACGACGUACAAUUACGAACUUGACAGAAGUUCAACGAAUUCAAAACGAAAAUAAACAACUCUACGAAGAAUUGACAAAUUUAACGGGUAUGGUGAUUUCAACUCCCAGUGAUGUGAGUUCACUUUACGGAACUUUAACAGCAGAGAAACAUAUGAACUUGACUCUUCCCGAGUGGACUAAAGAUUAUUAUCCUGAUAAACUAAUACCGCUUACAUUAUACGAUUUUCAACUUAAUGUGUAUAAUGAUGAUCUUAAGAAACUUAAAGGAGGACCUUUUCUAAAAAAGAUUGUUAGCGAUAUGUUAGCGAAAAAAAAUAAUAAUUUGGAACCUGAAGAAAGAAAAAUGUUUAUGUAUGUUGGUCAUGACAGUACUAUUGUAACUUUAAUGGAUCUUAUGCAUGUAUGGAACAAUCAAAUGCCACAUUAUAAUAUUAUGGUAAUGAUUGAGUUACAUGAAAAAAACGAUGGAUGGAAUGUUCAGAUGUUUUUAAAAAAUAGCACUGAACAUAAACCAUAUCCUCUGAAUGUUCCUGGAUGUACAACAGUAUGUCCUCUUGAAAAGUUCGUACAGAUUUUAAAACCAAUGAUUCCAGAUAAUUGGGAUGAAGAGUGUAAAGUCGAUGGAGACUAUACUCCUCCACCCGCUCCGCUUCCUUGACUAUAGUUAUUUGGUAAAUAUGAACCAUAAGGAUUGCGAUAAAAGUAUUAUAUAAGCCAUUAAUUUUGAUGACAAUAAAUAAUUUCAUUUAAGAAAAUGAAUUAAUUUAACAACUCUAAAUAAAUGAAAACAUGUAUAUUUUUAAAAUUAUCUAGGAGUACAAUACAUGUAAAAUAAAUAGAUUAAUUUUUUCGAAACGAUAGUUGAAGACACUUAUUUUUUAAUUGUAAUCCUAAAAUAUACAUGUUAGCAACUUUUUAAUUUACAUAAACUGAUUUGUAAUAAUAAUAAAAAUUAUUUUUCUAAAAUGUAUUUAUUUGUAUUUUUAUCUAUUUACUUUUCUGUUACAUAUAUACUUUGUCCAUAUUCUACUUAUUUUCUAUGAAAAAAUAUGUACUUGCAUACAAGAAAUAAACGUACAUGAUAGUUGUAAACAAAUACUUA